AUGCAUCGUCUAUCUCUGUUACCAGCUUAUCCAACAUUUGAUCGAUUUGGACCUAUCAAUCGAGAUCAUUUACUUUUGGCUAAUAUUUCUUGUUCAAAUUUAACAAAAGAGCAACGACAACGUCGUACUUAUUAUUCAUUUCAUCAACCAUUUACUUUAACUGAUCAAAGUGUUCAUAUUAGUGUUCGAUCACCGUUUAUGAAAAUAUAUGAUGAAUUAUAUGGAGAUUUAACUAAACGCUUUCAAAUUGAUGAUGCUAUUCUUGAUUAUAAUUAUCAACGUCUUCAUACUUGUAUGAAUAUCAUGGUACAAGAACGAAUUCGAUAUGGUUUACUUCCAAUGGAUACUACUGGUAUGGAAGAAUUACGAUUUGUUGAACAUGCACUAGCUAUAGAAUUUUAUCUAUAA